AUGCCGUUCACGCUUUCUGUCCCAGCAGGGACGAAGCCCGUUGCAUCACGCCCGUAUCGUAUCAACCCGUUGAUGGAAAAGAAAGUGGAUGCUGUUUUGGACCAGUAUUUGGCGGCAGGGCUCAUUCAACAUUCCACAUCUCCGUGGACUUCUCCUUUAGUUGUCAUCCCCAAGAAGGACAGAUCUGUUCGCAUCACCGUCAAUUACAAACGUGUCAACGCUCUGGUGGAUUUGGAUGGACAACCUCUCCCUCGAGUGGAUGGUAUCUUGGAUUUUCUGUACACCGGGAAAGUGUUCUCCAUCGUCGACCUCAACUCGGCUUCCCACAAAAUCGUCUGUGAUGAAGACACUGUCCCGCUCAACGCCUUUUGCACUCCCACGCAGUUGUUCGAAUGGCUUCGAUUGCCGCAGGGCGCCAACGCAAGUCCGUCUUGGUUCGUCAAGGUCAUCAACAGAGUGGUACACGGUCUGGAGCGUGUGCUGGCUUAUCUGGACGAUGUCAUCUGUUUCGAUGAGGAACCUCUGGGACACGUGCUGAACUUGAUCGAGUUCUUCAAACGACUGCGACAGUACAACCUCAAACUGUCUCCAGGGAAGGGUCGCGUCGGCGCCACGCACGCCAACUUUCUCGGUCACGCCAUCUCUCCGGCAGGUGUUAGCCCUGAUGGCGUCAAGGUUAGGGCGCUCACGCACAUGCCGCCGCCGACGAAUGUCAAGCAGCUUCGGGGCCUUCUCGGUGGACUCAGCUACCACCGGAAAUUCCUCAAGAAUCUCGCCACCAAGGUGCGGUCUCUCAACUCUCUUCUCAAACAAGGCGUCCCCUUCAAGUACACCCCGGGCAUGG